AUGCUAGCAGAACGCGUUCGCAUCGUCGAAGUCGGACCCAGAGAUGGUCUCCAGAAUAUAAAAGAGACAGUGCCAACAGCAACGAAAAUCGAACUAAUCAACAGACUAGCCCAGACCGGACUUCGCACCAUCGAAGCGACAUCCUUUGUAUCACCACGAUGGGUUCCUCAAUUGUCGGACGCCAACGCAGUCAUGGAAAGCAUGAAGUCGUCGGUGGAUAAGGAAGACAUUACAUUCCCGGCCCUGGUGCCGAAUCUCAAAGGCUUGGAAGCUGCUGCAGCGCUAGAUGUCAAGGAGAUCGGUAUUUUCCUCUCUGCAACAGACGGGUUCAGCCGUAAAAAUAUCAACUGUAGCGUGGAAGAGUCCCUUGAAAGAUCUCGCGUAGUUGUUGAACAGGCCAGAAGCCAAGGGAUCAGUGUUCGAGGGUAUUUGUCUUGUGUUAUAGACUGCCCAUACGAUGGCCGCACAUCACCAUCAACAGUGCUUGCCAUGGCGAAGAAAAUGCUGGAAAUGGGGUGCUUUGAGAUAAGUCUCGGCGAUACCACAGGCACAGCAACACCAAAGGAUAUCCGCCAUUUGUUGGAUGUCCUCUUGGCAGAGAUCCCUGCUUCCAAGCUGGCCGGACACUUUCAUGAUUCCUUUGGCCAAGCCAUUGCCAAUGUCAAGGAAGCGUUCAGUAUGGGCAUCAGGGCCUUCGACAGCAGUGUCGGUGGUCUUGGCGGUUGUCCAUAUAGUCCUGGAGCUAAGGGCAAUGUUGCGACGGAGGAUGUCGUGUGUCUCUUUGAGAACAUGGGUAUCGGUACUGGAGUAGAUUUAGCUAAGCUGGCCAAAGUUGGGACCUGGAUCACACAGCAACUCCAUGUGCCUAAUGGCAGCCAAAUCGGUAUGGGGUUGACCUGA